AUGGAUCUUAUACUCAUCAUCGCAAUCAUACUGCUCGGACCGCUGCUUCUCGCGUCCACUCUCCGCCUAGCGCUCCGAGUCGGUCGCCACUGCAGCCGCAAGGCUUACAUUUGGCUGCUCUACCAUGUUGUCUACCCGCGUAUAUUACCAGGCGACAUGCAUUUGGUUAACCCAUCCCGCGCCGAAAUCCUGCUACUCUUAUUGCAUUGGUCGAUUACCGGUUUCUUCAACGCGUACGACAUCCACUCAAGGACAGAAUUUAGCAGGCGUGCUGGCCAGAUUGCAGUGUUACAUAUGCUGCCCUUACUAGCUUCUCAACCACUAAGUCUCCUGGCCGACAUCCUCGGAAUGUCAUUGCACACGCUACUCUAUGGUCAUACGGUUUUCGGUGUGAUGGCAGCGCUGCAAGGUGUACUCCACGCUAUUUUUUCGCCCAAGGUAGCAUUGACAGCCAGGAGCUCCAAAGCCAUGGCACUCACGUUACUAAUCGCACUUCUGCUGCUUGCGUUUCUUCCGGUCGUGAAAUCUCGCGUCUACGAGAUCUUCCUCCGCACCCACGUCUUGUUUUCCAUUGCCCUUGCCGUCACGACGUGGAUUCACAUCGGCAACGAAGUGAUAUUGAAGAGGUCACUGCUGGUCGCCUACGCUAUGUGCAUUGCAAGUGGGCUAUGGCGGACCUGCUAUACAGUCCGCAGCAAUAUCCAUUUCAGGACUUCUCGAAUCACCUCCGUGAGCGAUGUGAUCGACGGUAAGCUCGCAACAAUCCUAGAGCUCCAGCUUCCGAGGGACCUGCACUUUAAACCCGGCCAAUACGUCUAUAUAACGUUGGUCAAAAGGCGCUCUACCUGCCGGACAGAAGAUGCGCGGCAAAUACCGUCCAAGCAACUAGAGCUCUGCGUGGUCCGCAUGCUUCAAUGUGUACGCUGGGCAGUGCAGCGUCACCCUUUUGUCAUCACUUGGUGGCAAGAUAGCAUGCACAAGAGCUCUACAGAAAGGAUGUAUGUCGCUAUCGGACAACAGCACGGCUGGACAAGGGAAGUUACAGCUGCAUCAACAGAACUGAAUAGUGCAUAUGCUUGGCUUGACGGGCCUUACGGACACAACAUUCGCUUUGAAGAAUAUGGAGCAGUCCUAUUCUUCGCAACAGGCGCGGGAAUUUUCGCCGUGCAGCCGUACCUCAAAGGACUAACCCGUCUGAUCCAAGCUGGCCGCGCGAAGAUCCGUCGACUUACAAUCGUGUGGGUGACGGAUGUUCUUACCGAGAAAGUCCCUGAAUGGAUGGAAACCCUUCUGCACGAUAGCUAUAUCGAGCGAGACGCAAGUCUGCCCCUGUUGCGUAUUGCUAUUCACCAGCUCGACAAAGCCGGAAAAUCUAUCGAAAAAUGUGGUGCCCGCUUGAUAGUGCACAAGAACACCCAGCCCAAUAUCGAUGAGUACUUGCAAGAGCAAGUGAAUCAUGGGCGUACGACAGCUGUGGCUUUUUCCGUCCACGCACGCCUGCGCUUUGAGAUACGCGACAAGAUUUUGGGGGGCAAAUCCAGGAUAUUCCGCCUCUUUGCUCUCAGCUAUCAGCCCCAUAACGCCGAUUUCGACUAUAGGCUAGAUCAGAGCAAGCACGCUUGCAAGCGAUCUAGGGUUGCCGUCUGGGCCAUACUCUACUGGCAGUGUUGCGUUAUAAAUCGUUUUCACGGUAUAUACUGCAAGCUCUGCAAGCAAGCCGGGCUGGGUGUUCUGUAUCCAAGUUGUGAAGAAGCUGAAGGCAUUGUCGCCAACGCUCUGCUGAGAGAUUGUGCCACUGGGCCCUGA